CUCAUCGCUUUCUUCCCAUCACCUCGCAAACCUCGUAGUUCCAGCAACCCCCGGCCACCCUCUCGUCGACAUGUUCUCCGCCCUCCGCACGCCCCUGAGCCGCUCUGCCGGCGGCAUGGCCCGUGCCAGCAGCCGCAGCGCAACGGCCACGACGCUGCGCCAGCUGUCGUCGUCGGCGCCCCGCUUCUCGUCGCCGAGCUACAACAACAUCAUCGUCUCGCAGCCCAAGCCGUCGGUGACGCUCAUCACCCUCAACCGGCCCAAGGCGCUCAAUGCGCUCAACUCGGAGCUCUUCCACGAGAUCAACGCGGCCACGGCGGCCGCCGACGACGACGCAGCCGUGGGCGCGAUUGUCAUUACCGGCAGCGAAAAGGCCUUUGCGGCUGGGGCCGACAUCAAGGAGAUGAAGGACAAGGAGUUUGCCGCCGCGUACAAGUCCAACUUCCUCGGCCACUGGACGAAGCUCACCACGAUCCGCAAGCCGAUCAUUGCGGCCGUCAGCGGCCAUGCGCUCGGCGGUGGAUGUGAGCUGGCAAUGAUGUGCGACAUCAUCCUCGCCUCGCCCACGGCCACCUUUGGCCAGCCCGAGAUCAACCUGGGCGUGAUCCCCGGUGCGGGCGGCACGCAGCGCCUGACAAAGGCGCUCGGCAAGUCGCUCUCGAUGGAGCUCAUCCUCACUGGCCGGCCGCUCUCUGCGACCGAGGCGGCGUCGCACGGCCUCGUCUCGCGCGUCGUCGACGAGGGCACGAGCGUCGUCGACGAGGCCGUCAAGGUGGCCGACAAGAUUGCGCAAAAGGGCGCCGUCGCCACCCAGGCCGCAAAAGAGGCCGUCAAUGCCAGCUUUGAGCUCAACCUGCAGGAGGGCAACCGCUUCGAGCGGCGCCUCUUCCAGGCCCUCUUUGCGACAAAGGACCAAAAGGAGGGCAUGUCCGCCUUUGCCGAGAAGAGAAAGCCCACCUUCACCAACGAGUAGAGGCAUCCUUUAAAAGUGAAAAAAAUAAAGGGAGAAAUGUCUUUAUAUCAGGAAAUGGCAUUGAUGUGCUGGAACACUACGAACAGCAAGUGCCUGUCUCUUUGCCGCUGCUGACCCUGAUGGCCCUCCUGAUUCUCUCGUGGUCCCGUUCCUCGUCUGUCUCUGGGACGUGGGCACCCGCUCCCCAUGCGCCAAAGAAGCUCCUGCGCUUCUUGCGCCCCGCGG